AUGGAAAACGGCGACAAAAAUAUUAAGGAACAAGGCAGCGUGUCAAUAUCACCGAACUUAGAAAGAAUUGGAGUGAAAAUUCCACCUUUCUGGGCAGAGAAACCCGAAUUAUGGUUCGCGCAGCUAGAAGGUCAAUUUUUGCUAGGAAAUGUUUCAGCCGACGCAACGAAGUUUUAUAUUGCAAUUUCACAACUUGAUACGCAACACGCAGUCGAAAUCGAAGACAUAAUCUUGAAUCCUCCAGACACGAGGAAGUACGAGAAGUUGAAAGAAGAAUUAUUCAAGCGUUCAUCAAAAUCCCGCGAACAAAAACUUAAACAGCUACUCGAACAUGAAGAAUUGAAUGAUCGCAAACCUACGCAAUUUUUGCGACAUCUGAGAAGUCUGCAACCCGUAGAUACAGUUCCAGAUUCCCUAUUACGAACAAUUUGGAGUGAUCGACUACCUAGCCAGAUACAAGCAAUCAUUGCCUCUAGAAAAGAUAUGUCUUUAGAAGCAGUGGCGGAGUUAGCUGAUGAUAUUAUCAAUGUCAUACCACCAGCAUCAAGAAUCGAAACUACUGCAAUAUCUGCUACACAUGGUAAUAUUACAGAACUUACAAAAUCAGUGGAGGACUUACGAAAGCAAGUAAGUAAAUUACUUGCCCAAAACAAAACCAAGCGACGUUCAAGAAGUAAUAGUCCUUAUAUUAACAGACAAUCAAAAAAAUACGACGUUUGCUGGUAUCACCAUCGCUGGCAGGAAAAAGCUUUAAAAUGCGUGAAACCAUGCUCAUUUCAGCAAUCAAAAAACAUGAAGGGCAGUCGCUAA